AUGGCGUCCCCAAUCGCUCAGAAUGGCCCGUCCAACCUGGACGAAGCGGUUUCUGCGAAUCCUGCCCACCACGACAGCGAGACAAGUACAGGCCCCUCCGAUCCUGAGCAGCCGACCAAGCCUGCAGGUCCCCCCGAGAAGGACCCCGGUGCUUCACCGGCUCCGCCCCCCAACGGCGGCCUCAUCGCCUGGCUCCAAGUCGUCGCCGGCUUCGUCAUCUUCUUCAACACAUGGGGCAUGCUCAGUACUUUCCCGGUAUUCCAGACCUACUACGAGUCCGGCGAGCUGUUUGAGGAAUCGUCGGCCAACAUCUCUUGGAUCGGCUCCAUCCAAUGUUUCCUUCUCCAGCUCACCGGCCUCAUCUCGGGGCCGGUUUACGACCGGGGCUACCUCCGCCUCCUCCUGGUCUCCGGUAGCUUCAUGAUCGUCUUCGGUCUCAUGAUGCUCUCGCUAUGCACCGAGUACUGGCAGGCAUUGCUUUCCCAAGCAUUUUGCGUCGGAAUCGGCGGCGGCCUGCUCUUUGUGCCCACCGUGUCGCUGAUCCCGACCUGGUUCAGCACUCGGAUCGGCCUCGCCGUCGGCAUCGCGUCGUCCGGCUCGUCCCUCGGCGGCGUCAUUUACCCCAUCGUCCUCUCCCGCCUCAUCACGCAAGUCGGCUUCCCGUGGGCCGUACGAUCCAUCGCCUUCAUCACCCUCGCCACAUUCAUCUUGCCCCUGGUCGUCUUCAAGAUCCGCGUGCGCGUCCCGAAGCCGCGGGCCAUGAUGGACUGGUCCGCCUUUACCGACGUGCCCUUCAUCACCUUCACAGUGGCCCUUCUUAUCAUCUUUAUCGGCCAAACCGUGCUCCUCUUUUACAUCUCCUUCUAUCCGGAGAACCGCGAUUUCACCGACAGGUCGUUGGCCUUCUACAUCGCCGCCAUCUUCAACGCCGGCUCGACUCUCGGCCGGAUCCUCCCCAACGCCCUGUCCGACCGCAUCGGCGUCUUCAACACCAUGGCGCCGCUCACCAUGCUCAUGGGCGUCGCCGUGUUCUGCCUUCUCGCCGUGCACAACGCGCCCGGCAUCGUCGUCAUGGCCGUCGUCACGGGCUUUCUCAGCGGCGUCGUCAUCGCUCUGCCGCCCGUCUGUUUCCGCAUGCUGACUGCGAACAAGGCCAUGAUCGGCACCCGCGUUGGACAGGGCUUUGCCAUUGCCGGCUUUGGCCUGUUGCUCGCCGGGCCAAGCGCCGGCACCAUUCUAGGCACGGUCGAGCCCUUGAACUGGACCGGCCUAAAUACAAAUCCUUACCCUCCCAAGAGGUUUCAGCCCUCUAUCUCAUUAAACUUGACCCCAUUCGGCCGGCCACGGAUUCUCGGUCACAAGCGUCUGCCAUCGCUUCCAGAAAGUCCCGCCGGUUCUACCCCUUUUUCGUCGCCGCUUAUAACACUAGCUUUUACAUCUCCCGCCAGUUCUAUCCCUUUUCCGUCGUCGCUUACCUACAAAUACACGAAUUAUGGAGGAGGCGGAGGCAGCCCAUCUCGUUUGAUUUUAAACAGCCCACUCGCCUCGUCACGUACUGGGUCAUAUGGCAUCGCGUGGCGUCUCAUGAUGUCCAGAGUGAAAAGAAUCCCGCGAAUCUCCAAUGACCAAUCCGACUGCGUGGUGGGGUUUGUCUGGGAGAGGGCCAAACUCUAG